AUGUCUGCAAUUGAUAGUCACCCGCCGGUAGUCGCCGCAGCUACUCUGCUGGUAGAUUCUCAAGCCAAGCUGGACUCGCCAGUCGUUCCUACGCACGAGGAGGCAGAGCAGUGCCGUGCAAAAGACAAGGAAGAGGCAGUCUCUACUGGCGACACGCUCAAUGGACAGACAAGUGCUGAAGCAGCCACGAUCCAGCAGUCGACCAACGACGAUGCUGCUGUCAAGGACACUGUCGCAACCACUGAGGACACCAUCAAGGAGGAGACAGCGCCCCUCGAACCCAUCUUCAGUGCCAACCUCUCCUACAAGCGCAGUACUGCUACGUUUCCUGUUUUCCACACACGCCACUUCUGGCUGCAAGACGAGCCUAUCUCCUUGGAAAAGCUGCAAGCACUCUACCUCAAGAUGCAAAAGACCAAGAUGCCAGCUUCAGAGGCACAUGACCUUAUCGCACACGCGGUGACCAGCGGCAAAGGUCUCUUGUUCUGGGGCAAGACCGAAGGAUCCAAUCCAAGUGGUAUCCUCGACAUCUCGCAAAUCAGUGAGCUCGAGGUAGUGGAUGGCAACAACCGUGCUGCAUUCAAGUACAGGGACGACAUCAGCUACACUCUUGAAUUCAAUGCCAAUGCCAAAGUGUCACAGCGUCAGGCUUUCUUGCUUGGCAUCAAGCAGAAGCAACAAGAGUUUGUGGGACAGAUGCAGUCUAUUCGCACUUCGGAGGUUUUCAACAAGGUGCGCGAAUUGCUUGUUCAAGGCACCGCUUUCGAAAAGUCGAAUGCCGAGGUGGAGGAACAAGUCUUGAGUGAUGAAGAAGUGGUUGAGCAGCGACCAGACAACAGGCGCGCAUCCUCCCUCAUGGGCAUCUUCAAGAAUAAGCCUGAGGAUGCCAAGGAGGUGCCAACACCCAAAAAGGACAAACGCGCUUCUUUCCUCGGUUUCUUGAAUAAGAAGGACAACACCUUGCCCGAGUCAGUCCCAGCCGGCGCCGACAAGAGCGUCUCCCCAAAAGCUCCUGAAGGAGAGUCAGAGCCUGUCUCAGCUGACAAUGAGGUCGACAAAGACGUUCCCACUGCAGACAGGGCUGACAAGUCGAGGCCAGCAGCUCUUCCUGCAAAAGACAAGGUCGAAGGGUUCUUCCGCAACCUCAUCAAGCGCAAUGAUAAAUCUGACGAGGGACAGAAGGUCGACGCGGUUGCCCCUGAAUCUGUUGUGACAGACGCCCCCGCACCCCAGGUCGCCGAGGGAGAGAUCUCUCCAGUCAAACCUGCCACAGAUGUUGCGGCUCCUCUUGCGCAUGAUGCAACUGCAGCAGAAUCAACAAGCAAGGACAAGCUUACAUCUGCCACGCCACCGCCAGUGACGCCAUCGCCCAACCCGUCCCCAAAGCCCUUUCCUGGUGGCAGCGUGACGCGACGAUUGACCGGCCUCUUCAAGAACAAGUCAAAGAAGGAUGCGUCCAAGACUGACUCUGUUGUUUCCCCUACAAAGGAUGUGCCUGUUGCAUCUGAAGCACCUCUUUUGCCACAAGUUGGACAGGAGACUGAGGCCUUGUCCAACACAGAACUUUCCUCGACGACCAAGCUCGACAGGAACAAGGAUCUCCCUGCAGAAGGUAUUGCUAUUGAAGAGACCAGUGCAGUGGCGCCUUCGGAUGUCGUUGACAAGGGCAAAGCCACCGAGAUGACUGCUGUCGACUCUGCUACUGCUGCUCAGCCAGAUGAGGCUCUACAAACGACGACUGGCGCUACGGGAACUGCUCCCACCAAGGCAGAGUAG